AUUUUUCAUACAUCACAAACAAACAAACAAUAAAAAAUGUCGCCACCAAAUAAAACUAAGAAAAUGGUCAUUAAAAUUCCAAGACAUCCUUUUAUCAGAGCAGAGAGUGAUUUGAAUUACGAGAAUGGCGUUCAAAUACGCAAGUGUCGCGUAAAUUUGGAACGCAUCAAGGGUUUUCAAGUUUUUCCAUUGAAACCCAACAAACAAAAACGCUGCUGUGUUCGCGUUGCACGUCUGCCAAAUGUGGAACGCAGCGAAAUGUCUGUAACGCCAGCCAGUUCCAUAGUUUGCUCCGAUUUUGACAAUGAUACUGCUGAUGAAUAGCAAUUUAAUAGCUGAAUGCACUGCCAGACACUCAUCUACACCACAUUGAAGACUUUUGAGUAGCCCUUAACCCUUUAAUCAUACAUAUAUACACAUUUCAAUAAUUAUAUUGUUUAAUUUUUGUAACAAAAUAAAUAAUGCUGUGCUUACACAGCGUCGCAGCGCCAGUGUUGUGACCCAGUGUAAGCCAGCGAAGGCUAAUUCACCAACA